AUGCGAUCCACUUACUCUUCAGAGCCCAUUGUCACAGUCGGCACAGGCUGUCGCUUCCCCGGCGGCAUCAACAGCCCAUCCAAGCUGUGGGAAGCUGUUUGUUCGAAAAAAGAUCUUCUCACUCAGAUUCCUUUGUCUCGAUUCAACACCAAAGGUUUCUAUCAUUCUAAUGGAGAACGACAUGGUAGCACAAACGUUGAGCACGCGUAUCUCCUCACCGAGGAUGUUAGCGGCUUUGAUGCCUCAUUCUUCGGUAUCCACCCCCGUGAAGCCGAAGCAAUCGAUCCCCAGCAGCGACUGCUUCUGGAAACCGUAUACGAGGCGAUGGAGGACGGGGGCUUGACCAUCACUGGCAUGAAAGGAUCUGAUACAGCAGUGUAUGUUGGUCUCAUGACGGGCGAUUAUCAUGAGCUGCAGAUCCGCGAUCCCGAGAAAAUGCCGAUGUAUAUGGCCACAGGCACUGCCCGAAGCAUUGUGUCAAAUCGAGUUUCAUACUUCUUUGAUUGGAAAGGGCCAUCAAUGACAAUCGAUACAGCAUGCUCAUCUAGUCUUGUCGCACUCCAUCAUGCGGUACAAUCUCUCCGGGCCGGAGAAUGUAAGACUGCUGUCGCCGCUGGAGCAAAUCUUAUCCUCGGCCCUGAAAUGAUGAUUGCCGAAUCGAAGCUGCACAUGUUGUCCCCGACUGGGAGAUCCCGCAUGUGGGAUGCAGAGGCAGAUGGAUACGCCCGUGGAGAGGGCUUUGCAGCUGUCGUGCUCAAGACUUUGUCUCAGGCAUUAGCAGACGGGGAUCACGUUGAGUACAUUAUCCGAGAGACGGGAGUGAACCAGGAUGGACGGACUCAAGGCAUCACAAUGCCCAGCGCAUCGUCACAGACGGCUCUUAUCCAGCAAACUUAUUGCAAAGCCGGCCUUGAUUGCACCCGCCCUGAGGACCGGUGUCAAUUCUUCGAGGCUCAUGGAACUGGUACACCACGAGGGGAUCCUAUUGAGGCACGCGCUAUUCGCGACGCAUUCUUCCCAGACCCUGCAGAGGGCAAGCCAUUUUAUGUUGGAUCUGUAAAGACAGUAAUUGGCCACCUGGAAGGAUGUGCUGGACUGGCUGGUCUACUGAAAGCAGCCGAAGCGGUCCGACGAGCCCAGAUUCCUCCCAACAUGCAUUUCAACCGCAUAAAUCCAGAUAUUUUACCCCUUUCCCAGAAGUUGCAGGUUCCUACCAAGGUGUUGCCCUGGCCUGACGAGAAGGCUCCUCGGCGAGCCAGUGUGAAUUCAUUUGGAUUCGGAGGAACGAAUGCACAUGUUAUCAUUGAGAGUUAUGACCAACCAUCCGUUACCUCUUCGCUGUCUACCAUCCUACCCGUUCCUUUAACCUUCUCAGCUGCCAGUCAAAGCUCACUGCUCUCGCUAGUUCAAAACUAUGUCACAUUGUUGCAGUCAAACGAUAUCUCUCAGUUGCAUGAUCUAGCCGUAACCUUGGCCUCUCGGCGCUCCCAACAUUCUGCUCGAGUCACCUUCUCGGGAGCAAGUAAAGAGAAGCUUCUUCAGAAUAUGGAGUCUGCGUUGCAUGUACCCUCCAUCGGUGAACAGAAGCAACCCUCGUCAACGUCCACGCGGAUACUGGGAGUCUUCACUGGUCAAGGUGCGCAAUGGCCGGGGAUGGGAAGGGAGGUCAUUCUGGCAUCCCCCAUGGCGCAAGAAACUAUACGGAACAUGCAGACAUCUCUUGACAAUCUCCCUGAUGGCCCGAUAUGGUCCAUUAAAGACAAACUGACCAACGCUGAAGAAUUAUCACAGAUCCAAGAAGCGGCACUCUCACAGCCGUUAUGCACCGCCGUACAAGUGAUUCUUGUUGAUCUCCUACGAGCAGCUAACGUUUCAUUCCAUACAGUGGUUGGACACUCAUCUGGUGAGAUCGGUGCUGCAUACGCUGCGGGUCUGAUCUCCGCUGAGGAUGCCAUUCGGAUCGCAUAUUAUCGAGGUGUCAGUGCGAAAAUGGCCUGUGGCGGGGAUGGUAUCAAAGGAGCCAUGAUGGCAGUGAGUGUCUCCUUUGAUGAAGCACAGGACUUUAUCAUCAGCAGGCGCUUUGAAGGCCGAAUUGCAGUCGCCGCUAGCAAUGCCCCCCAGUCCGUGACUCUUGCUGGCGAUGAGGAUGCAAUUACAGAGGCCAAGGGUAUCUUUGACGCGCAGCAGACGUUUUGCCGUCUUCUCAAAGUUGACACAGCUUACCAUUCCCAUCAUAUGCGGCCCUGCCUGGAAUUAUACUGCGCAGCAUUGCAAGCAUGCCACAUUACUCCCUUGACACCCGUCAACGGAUGCAACUGGAUUUCCAGUGUUCAUGGACGAUCCAUGACAACGGGAGAGGAGAGCGACUCGCUCAAAGAGACAUACUGGGCCGACAACAUGGCAAAUACCGUUCUCUUCUCUCAGGCACUCCAGACUGCCACUCGGUGCAAUGGCCCAUUUGUCAUUGGCGUGGAAGUUGGGCCUCAUCCGGCUCUAAAAGGGCCCGUCACCCAGACUACGAAGCAAGAAAACGGCAUAAUAAUGCCGUAUUGUGGCACAUUGUCUCGUUUUAGCAACGAUACCGAGGCGAUUUCGGACGCACUGGGCUUCCUCUGGAAGGAGCUCGGCGCGGAUUCUGUCGAUCUGAGUUCGUACAGUGACGCUGCUUUUGGCCUAAAAUGCACCAAGGGCCCGGUGAGGUCAUUGCCGAGCUAUGCAUGGGACCAUAACCAGCGAUUCUGGAAAGAGUCUUAUUUAUCGAGAAACUAUCGACAGCGACCUCACAUUCGCCAUGAUCUCUUGGGAGUGCGUUGCCCCGAUGAUCAUGACCACCACAUGCGCUGGAGGAACACCCUACGCGUCUCUGAAGUGCCAUGGCUAUCGGGACAUAAGGUCCAAGGCCAGAUUAUAUUUCCAGCUGCUGGGUAUCUUGUCAUGGCCAUGGAGGCCGCCAAGGAGCUAGCCAAGGAUAGUCCAAUUGGUAUGGUCGAACUGCAGGAUGUGCAUAUCUCUCGAGCUAUCGCUCUGUCGGAGGACAAUGGAGUGGAGAUCAUGUUCCAUAUGAAGCCAAUGAGGGAGUCAGAAACUCCUCACCUAGCGGAGUUUUCCUGUUACUCGGCCACCGUCGACGAACGGGACAUUCGAUGGCAGCAGAAUGUCUCUGGACGGGUGCAGGUUCGCCUCCUCAAUGAUGGGCCAGCUCAACUCCCGCCCCGACAAGAAGACGCCAUGUCGCUGGUGCCAGUCAAUAUGGAGACUUUCUACUCAUCCUUGACUGAGAUUGGUCUUGAGUACACUGGAUUAUUUCAACGGCUUGACCGUGUUGUUCGACGAGCUCGUCGUGCUACGGGCUUUACUAAAGACAUCGCCUCUGAUACUGAAACGCCGGCCAUGAUCCAUCCUGCUAUGCUGGAUGCCUCGUUCCAGACUAUAUUUGCUGCCUUCUGCUGGCCAGGAGAUGGCAGCCUUUGUGCCCCUGCUGCAUGUGAGGAGAUGAUAAUCGACUGCAGUAUUACCGAAGCCCUCGAUCUAACCGUCACGGCGGAUGUCGACAUCUUCACCCCACACCAACCUCGCAUCCAGCUGGAGGGACUGACCUGUACUGUGCUCAAUCAGGCGUCAGCGGCCGAUGACUGUGAGCUUUUUGCCGAGACUGUCUGGGAAGCUGACGCCGAGGCUGGACCAGAUCCAUCCCAACUGGUCGCAGAUAGCUCGAUGGACUUGCUACUUGUGGAUCUCUGUGAGCGACUGUCCUAUUCAUAUCUCCGACGGCUCAAUGACACGAUUGAUAGAGAUGAGUUGAGCUCGUUUGUCUGGUAUCACCGGCGCAUCUUCGAAUUCAUUGACUAUCUCUUUCCACUUAUUGAGAGAGGCCAACACCCCACCAUCUGCAAGAAAUGGAUUGAUGAUUCGCACGAGUGGCUUCUCUCUCAAGCUCAGAGGUACCAGGAUCAGGUCGAUCUACAGCUGAUUUCGGCGGUGGGCGAAAAUCUCGUCAAGGUCGUGCGUGGUGAAACAACAAUGCUGGAGCACAUGAUUGAGAAUGAUACCUUGAACAGAUUCUACAAAUACGGCCUCGGCUUCCAGCGUGCCAAUGGAGCCAUAAGCCGUCUGGCCCGACAGAUUGCUCAUCGCUAUCCCCGAAUGAAUAUCCUUGAAAUUGGCGCAGGUACAGGCGGUGCGACCCAGGGGUUACUGGAGCAUUUGGACGAUACUUUCAGUAAUUACGUUUUUACCGACAUCUCCACCGGCUUCUUCGAGAAGGCUCAGGAACAGUUCCAGAGAUGGGGAUCUAAGAUGGCUUUCAAAGCACUCAACAUCGAAGAAGAUCUGGCGACACAAGGUUUCGAAAAUGGCUCAUUCGACCUGGUCAUUGCGUCAAACGUGCUCCAUGCUACCAAGAAUUUGGAUCACACGAUGCGGAACGUGCGCAAACUGCUGAAGCCUGGUGGUUAUCUAUUGCUUCUCGAAGUGACGAGUGAGAUCCUUCGGGUCAAAUUGAUGAUGUCAGGUCUUCAAGGUUGGUGGUUGGGAGACACUGAUGGCCGUCGUUUUGCCCCCACAAUUACUGCCUCUCAAUGGAAUGAAUUGUUGAUAAAGACCGGGUUCUCUGGAGUGGAUCAAAGGGUUACCGAUUUCCAAGAUUUAUCCAAGCAUAUGACUUCGGUGAUGUUGUCACAGGCCGUCAAUGGUGACAUUGCACUGUUGAAGGAUCCUCUCGCAAACACCCAUCCUCCUCUUCCAGUCGAUCGGGUAGCUAUCAUCGGAGGGCAAACACCAGCCGUACGAGCUUUGGCAGAGCAGACAACUUCCAUGCUAUCAAGAUGGAGCACAUAUCAUCCCCUUUUUUUCACUCGGUUUGAGGAGUUUGUCGAGCGAGAUGCCGUCCCCAUCACUUCGAUCGUGUCUCUUGCCGACCUGGAAGAACCACUGCUCUGUAACUUGAACCCAGACAAACUUGUCGGAGUUCAGCGAGCCUUGGAUGAAUGUCGCCAAAUCCUCUGGGUGACGUCUGGCUGUCGAGAUCAGAAUCCGUACGCCAACAUGACUAUAGGAUUGGGACGAUCCUUGAUGUACGAACAUCCUCAUAUCCGCAUGCAAUUCCUGGAUCUCGCCUGUGGUGUCGAUGGCCAGGCUUCGCGAGUCGCAACUGCAUUGGCACGCCUGAUUGUCGCAGACAAGUUGGACCUUCCUUCAGAGCGGGUAUUAUGGAGUGUUGAACCAGAACUAGCUUUUCAGGAGCAUCGACUAAUGAUUCCUCGCAUUCUGCCAAACUACAACAUGAAUAACCGGCUUAACAGCUCCAGAAGAAAGAUUAUGGAGAACACCUGCCUUGCGGAUAUGACAGUGGAAAUCUCAGCGGCGGGUCGGGACAUAUGUCUUUAUAAAAUGGACACAACAGUGCAUUCUCGCAAUGCGGAUAAUAUAUCCAUCCAUGUGCAUUAUUCUCUUCUGCAUGGGCUUCAUUUAUACGAAUGCACUACAACGUACCUGUCGAUUGGCAAGAUUGAAAAGCCUGACUCCAGCAACACUCAUCCAGCUGGGACUACGGUCCUGGCCUUAUGUCACCACAACAGCUCGGCGAUCUCCGUCCCAUCUGCUCAGGUUGUAAGGGUUGACAGCUCCUCGGCGACUCCAGAUAUGCUAUUGUGUACAGCAUUGUCUCUAUUAAUGAACACUGUUCUUAAGCAAGUCGCUCCACAGGGUCAUAUUCUCGUCGUGGAUCCCGAUAUCAAGACGCAGCGUCUUAUCGAAGAUCGUGCUCUGUUGAUGGACUUGUCAGUGACUGUGGUAUCUUUCAAACCGGGGCAGAAGGGUACCGUCUAUGUUCCCCAAUAUCUCUCCAAACGUCACCUGGCGACACGGCUCCCAUCGACCAUUGACGUCACAUUCAACUGUUGCAAGAAUGAGAAUCAUCCGCUCAAGGCAUUCCUCGAUGGGCGACGCACAAUCCACUUGGCCGACUUGUUCCAACUGCCAUCAACAAGACACGAUUCAAUAUCGAAUGGUCCACCGAUGCCCUCACAUGAAGAGCUAUUGGAAGCUUGCGAGGUAUCCCAAGCUCAUAUCAAGCCGGGAAAUGAUGCAACCCUUGUCUCGGCGUCAGAACUAGGAGGGCCGCCGUCCAUCCCUCCUGACUACUCGUUGGUCGUCGACUUCACCAGAUCUCAGAUGGUCCAGACUCGAGUGCAGCCCAUCAACGCCCAAGGUCUGUUCCGGUCAGAUCGAUCCUAUCUUCUUGUUGGCUGCACCGGCGGACUAGGCCAGUCUCUCACUCGCUGGAUGGUGCAGAAUGGUGCCAGAUAUCUCAUCCUUACCAGCCGCAAUUUGAAGCGUGUUGACCGGGUCUGGCUCGAAGAACUGAAGUGCAUGGGUGCGUGUGUCCGUCUAUAUGAACUGGAUGUAUCCAACAAGCCCGCCUUGGAUGUUAUGUAUGAAGAAGUGCAAGACCAAUUGCCUCCUAUUGCUGGUGUUGCCAAUGCAGCAAUGGUUCUCUCAGACCGACUAUUUAGUGACAUGACAGUCGAGCAUUUGCAAACCGUCCUGCAGCCCAAGGUGGCAGGCACAGCCUAUCUGGAUGAGAUCUUUUCGACUCCUGCACUUGACUUCUUCAUACUGUUCUCCUCUCUGGCCAGCAUUGUGGGCAAUCGGGGCCAGUCCAACUAUGGUGCUGCCAACCUGUUCAUGGCAAGUCUCGCUGCCCGACGCAAGCGGCAAGGUCUUGCGGGGUCCGUUCUGGACAUUGGUAUGGUUCUGGGUAUCGGCUAUGUCUCCCAGACGGGCAUCUACGAAUCCACCCUACGCAAAUUCCACUAUAUGCCUAUCUCGGAGCCGAAAUUCCACACUAUGUUUACUGAGGCCAUCGUAGCAGGCCGGCCGGACAAUGGCACUCAAGCAGAGAUAAUCACCGGGCUCCAUCGCAUCUCUGAGUUGGGCGAUAGUGGUGAGAAUGCAUUCUGGUCGGGCAAUCCACGGCUCUCCCACUACACCAUCCAGGAGGAUGCUGGCAAGGAGCAGGUCUCCACAACUCUGGUCUCGCUCAAACGACAGUUGGCCGAUAUUUGUGACUCGACAGAAGCUUCUCAGAUUGUCCUCGAUGCCUUCCUAGCCAAACUGGGGCGUGUCCUACAAGUAGAAAUAUCCCAAAUCAACCCCGUUCAGCCUCUAAUUAACCUUGGUGUCGACUCGCUUAUGGCCGUCGAGGUGCGAUCCUGGUUCCUUAAGGAGAUUGACAUGGAUAUGCCCGUUCUGCGCGUUCUCGGCGGGGCCUCCCCGGAGGAGCUCUGUAAUGAUGCUGCCCAGAGAUUUAUUGAUGCUAAAACUCCCAUGCUGUCUUGCGCAAGCUCCCCGGCCCAUUCUGAACUCAGUGCAGGUCAGGUACUCGACGGAAGCCAGGUUGUCAGCUCCGCAACUUCGGCAACAGGGCCAGUUUUGGAGGGCUUCAAGGAUGAGGAGUCAGAAAAGGUUCCAGAAGAUAUGCCUCUUGAUAAGCAGCAGGUUGAUCGAUUGUCGUUCGCCCAGGAGCGGCUGUGGUUUCUAAGAGCUUUUCUGCAAGACCCAUCGACGUACAAUGUCACAAUGAUGUACCGAUUGAGGGGACCUAGCGCCAUUGACUUGAGCAAUGCAUUCAAUGUCGUAGUGGCCAGACAUCACUCUCUUCGUUCUGCGUUCUUUGUUGACCAAAGUACGGCCGUUCCAUCCCAGAAACUCCUGCGUACAGCCAACUUCACUUUGUGCCAGAGGAUGUCAACUGAGGGAAAGGAUGAGAUCAACCAGGAAUUUCAGCGACUAUGUUAUCAUAGCUACCGUCUCGAGCAUGGUGAAACCAUGGCAGCUACCUUGUUUUCUCAUUCCCCAGACACUCAUACGUUAGUCCUUGGAUUCCACCAUAUCGUUUUUGACGGAUUUAGUGCACAGGUACUAAUCAAGGACCUCACUUCCGCAUUGUCUGGGGACUACCUUCCUCCUCUGAAGCAUCACUAUGUCGACUUUGCUUAUCGGCAACGUGCACUCAUGCAAUCCGACAUGGCUGACGACAUUGCCUUUUGGAAGACAACUUUUUCUACGUUGCCUGCUCCCUUGCCUCUAUUCGACUUUUGCCAGGUCAAGACUCGCAAAGCAUUAACAGCCUAUACCCUGCAUAGCGCCCGGCGAUCAAUCCCCUCGGCUACUGUGACCUCCUUCAAGUCAACGGUACGUGGAUUCAGUACUACUGCCUUCCACGGACAUCUGGCCGUUUUGCAGAUUCUUCUUUCUCGCCUCCUGGAUGUCUCCGAAGUCUGCAUUGGCAUUACCGACGCCAACCGGACAGAUCGCGAUUUCCUCGAGACCAUUGGGUUCUUCGUCAAUCUGCUGCCGCUUCGUUUCCAUAUUGGUGUCUAUGACUCCCUGGAAGAACUGCUGCACAAUACCCGUGACGUGGCUUACCAGGCACUGCAACGCUCGCGUGUGCCGUUCGAUGUGCUGCUUGGCGCCUUGGACGUUCCCAGAUCUACCACUGAAAGUCCACUUUUCCAGAUAUUAAUGAAUUACAAGAUGGGCUCCGCAAGCAGUGUGCAUGUGAAUGGCAUAGACGCGGAGCUAUUGCAAUUUGAGGAUGCCCGCAAUCCGUACGAUCUGAUCUUUGAUAUUGAGGAGCAGUCCGAGGGGACAACACUCGUCAGUCUCAAGUCUCAGUCCUAUCUUUAUAGUAAGGACGAUCUGCGUCUCAUUCUAGAUUGCUACACUUGUCUUCUUGAGUCAUGCAGUUCAAACCCAAACCUCCCUCUCGAUAAACACCGUCUAUAUUCAGACGAGGAUGCGAGAGCGACGUUGGCUCUAGGAAAAGGCCCAAGAUUUGACCACAACAUUGCCGUCACACUUACUCACCGAAUUGACCUGAUUGCUGACAGGUACCCCAACCAAAUUGCUGUUAAGGAUCACGAGGGCAAUUCUCUCACCUACCGACAGAUGCUUCAGCGUGUCCAGCUCAUUGCUGCUACCCUCGAAGCCAACGGUGUUCGUCCAAGUGACUUCGUUGCUGUUUAUUGCGAGCCAACAAUGAACUCUGUCUGUUAUUUGCUGGCUGUGUGGCGUUUAAACGCCGUCUACGUUCCUCUUGAUCCCCAGAAUCCCGUUCAGCGGCUGCAGUUGAUCCUUGAUGACUGCCACCCGGCUGCAAUUAUCUACCAUGCACCGACGGAACAGGCCAUGCACCAGAUUGAUCUCCUUUCCAGCAAACCUGUCACUUUCUGUGACUUUCCCUUCACUUCCAUUCCGUCCAUCCCCAACAGGUCUAGCUCACUAUCGCCCGCUUGUGCGCUCUACACCAGCGGAUCCACCGGGGUACCCAAGGGAAUUGUGUUGACACACGCCAACUUGGUGAACCAGAUCAUGAGCAUCAAACGCCAUUUCGGGAUUAAAAGAGAAAUCUCUCUCCAGCAAAGCUCACUCGGCUUCGAUGUCUCUCUUGACCAGAUGCUGCAGCCGCUUAUUGCUGGCGGAACCCUCAUUGCGGUCCCCAGGCACCUUCGAGGUGAUGCUGUCGAAUUAGCCCGGUUGAUGCUAGCCGAAAAUGUCACGUAUACCUAUGCCACUCCAUCCGAAUAUGCCGCGUUACUUCGGUAUGGCGCCGGCUUCCUGGGGCAGUCUGAGUCCUGGCGGAUUGCUUUCGUCGGAGGAGAAGCUCUGCCCACCCACUUGAUCAGAUCAUUCCACGCCUUGAAGCGACCUGGAUUACGCCUCAUCAACCGUUAUGGGCCGACUGAAAUCACAGUGUCAAGCUGCUGUCUGUCCAUUGACACGUACGAUCCUGCCACCGUCGAUAUCUCGACGGUUAGUGUCGGAUAUACUUUACCUAACUAUUCGACAUACAUUCUCAGCGCAAACGGAUCCCCUGUCCCAGUUGGAUUUGUUGGCGAGAUUGUCGUUGGGGGCAGUGGUGUUGCUCGCGGCUAUCUCGGAAAGGACGCGCUGACCCGACAACGGUUUCUUCUUGACACUUUUGCAGGUCCUGAUGAUAUUGAGCGCGGGUUCACUUCCAUGUAUCGCACUGGCGAUAAGGGACGUUUGCUGCCGAACGGAGAGUUGAUCUACCUGGGGCGUAUGGAUGGUGACAGCCAGAUCAAGCUUCGUGGAUUCCGGGUCGAACUGGAUGACAUUGCGAACACGAUUUUACGAGUCGCUGACGGUCGUCUUGCAGACGCUGCUGUAUCCGUGCGAGGUACUCAUGAUGAAGAUGGAGAUCGACGCUUCCUUGUUGCAUUCACUAUUCCUUCGAUGACUAGCAAUACUGGCAAUGACUUGCAUGCUUUCCUCAAGAGGCUCCUUUACCGUCUCCCUCUUCCUCCAUACAUGAUACCCCGUUUGAUCCUUCCCGUGGAAAAUCUCCCCCGAAACCCCAAUGGCAAACUCGAUCGAGGUGUGCUGGAUCAACUACCGCUUUCCUCCGCCCCAGAGGAUGUCAGCCCGCAGGAUCUCUCUGAGGCACAGCAGACAGUGGUUCGAGUGUGGAAGUGUUGUCUCGACGAAUCCUCCUUGCCCUCUUCCUGGAGCCCCUCGACCGAUUUCUUCCAGUUAGGUGGCAACUCCUUGCUGAUAAUCCGAGUGCAAGCAAUGCUGCGCGAGGCGUCUGGUCGUCAGAUUCCCCUGCCGGAUCUCUUCCAAUCGAGCACUGUGGAGCGUAUGGCGGCCCUCCUCACUCUAGAUGAUGGUAAUUAUCCCGUCUCGCAGAUCGAUUGGCAUGUAGAAACAAUGCCUGGAGAGAUGGAGGAGCUGCAGUUUGCAAUUCCUGCUCCAUUUCCAUGUCCCCCCUCCAAGGCAGACCACGGCAUCGAGGUCUGUCUGACUGGAUCGACUGGGUUCUUGGGUUCAGCUCUUCUACGGCACUUUGUGGCUGAUUCUCGCGUGUCCCGUAUCCAUUGCAUCGCUAUCCGCCACUCGAACAACUCUUGCACAUCUCGAACCCUCGCCAUCAUGUCCGACAAGAUUGUUCAAUAUGCGGGUGACCUUAGAGCUCCACGUCUCGGAGUCGACUUGGAAUCAUGGAAGACGUUGGCAGCUAAGGUUGACGUGAUUAUCCACAACGGUGCUGAUGUUUCCUUCCUGAAAUCAUACCAGUCUCUCCAGAAGGCCAACGUGCAAUCAACCCGAGAGCUCGCUUGCAUAGCCUUUCGUCGGCAAAUUCCUCUGCACUUUGUCUCCACCGGAGGCGUUUCACAGCUUGCCCGUGUGGAGUCAUUACCACCCCGUUCUGUAGCCAAUUUCCGCCCCCCUGUGGAUGGCUCUAACGGUUACGUCGCCUCGAAGUGGGCUAGCGAAGCCUAUCUUGAAGAGUGUGCGGCACGGUUUCAUUUGCCGUGUACAAUCCACCGACCGUCUAACAUUGUCGGUGAUGGUGUGCCGUCGACUGACCUGAUACAAACUAUUUUCCAAAUUUCAGUGAAAAUACGAGCCGUUCCGACCACUGAAAAUUGGACCGGAUACUUUGAUUUUGUUGCUGUCGAAGAUGUUGCUGCCAAAAUCUGUCAAGAGGUCUUCUGUAGCCUGGACGAAUCGAAGAAAUCAACCGACGGCGCCACGCCCAAGCAGCCACAGAUAUUUCACCACUGCGGAGAUGAAAAGAUUCCGGUUGGUGGGAUACAGAAAUAUCUGGAGGACCAGAAUGGGCUUUCACUACGAACAGUGGAUGUUGAUUCUUGGCUAGAUGCAGCGAGAAAUGCCGGGCUAUCUGGUGUUUUGGAGAGCUUGGUUACGGCUACUCUGAAGAAUCCAGAGGGAUGCAUAAUACGUUCGUUGUCAAGAAAUUAG